CGUCAUGUCGUGCAAUCAAGUUGUCAGUUUUGUACAAAUAUACAACUAUAGAUCAAUAGAAAAAAAUAGUAAAAUCAAUAACAAUGAAAUAUUUAUGUUUGUUACUAGUUAAUUAUAUUCUUGUAUUGUUAAUUGUUGACCAUGUUUCGUGUAAGAGUAUGGUUCCCGUGCUCUCGUUGGAACAGACCAGCCCUGCGCCCCCAGCCGCCAAUAGGUCGCAAAAUCUUAAGUACCUCCCCUUCAUAAUGCUGAUAGACAAAGACAUGGACACGAGUGAGUAUUGGCGGGAGACGGAGAUUCUAUCUCUCGUGCGGAACAAUGAAAUCGGUAUAGACUACGACAAAUGUGAGCAGACCGCAGCCGAGCAGAGCGUUGUGCGCAUCAACAGCUUCAGGACCGUUCGACCUAUAUGCAGGAAUACUAUUGAUUACCAGCAGUGCCCUCAAUGCCCUCAUUUCAAUAAUCAUACUGAAUGCGAACUCUUCAGGGACUCUUGCAAGGAACGUAGGGUAAGUCCGACGGAGUAUCGUACGUACUGCGACCGCAAGUACGGCAAGUGGCGCGCCAUGUUCCUGCCUGCUGACUAUUCGCAGUGCAGGUGCUGCGACGAGUGCAUCUUCUUUAGAGAGCUGGAUCAAUCGUGUGUGGAAGAUGAAUAUAGUUUUGAAACUGAAGAGUUUUUGCCAACUACUACAAUAGAUUUCCGAGCGGGAUGUAACCCGUAUUGGGGUCACCCAGAACAAGAGUUCCGUGCCCUAAGAUGCGACAAAAUUCUGCGGAGAUGUGUCCCUGUAACAGUACCGCCGUUACCAAACGAAACGUUUAAUAUCCGUCGUAGCUUCCGCUACGAAGCCGCUACGAGCGGCGACUGUCCGAUCUUCUGUCGUGGCUACGAAUGUAAAGGCUCGUUAGUUCCUGAACAAAACUGUGUUCCUGGUGGCUUCCUGCCGGACAAAGACCAAUGCAACUGCUGUGGCCGAUGCAGUGUAUAUCAUCAAUUAAACGAGAAGUGUGCAGAGUUCAAGAAGACUUUUCAAAAGGUCAAUGGCACUGUGGAGAUUGAGGUGGAAGAAGAGUUCCUAGAGCCAGGGUGUGAUGAUGGACUGGUGUGCAGACAGGGUCGUUGCCAGGACAUACACACGGUGCGUCCUUCUGUCGGCCCCCGACGGAAGAGGGAUGAAGAUAUUUUAACUAAUGAGCCAUGUAAACGUGAGUUGAAGUACUUCAAGAAGAAGUUCGGUCCAGACGGUCACCUGCAUUACAACGCGCCACAAUGCACUCCGCUUUGGUUAUAUGCUCCCGUCCAGUGUCGUCGCUUCGUGUGUUACUGUGCUUUGGAAGAUGGCAGCUUCAUCGUAGGGAUCAAAGUCCCGCGGGUUGAAGUAUCCAAUAUGAAUUGCGAUUGCGCUCGUGAGCGGUGUCGCACUGGUUCAGAUGUGGAGUGUGAUGGCUACGGCAACUACAAGGAAGCCGUGUUCACACCACACCUUGAGGAGUGGAAGGCGCAGGACGAGGCAGCGUCGGCCACUCCUGUCCCCGUGGCUCCGGAAGACCCUCGUUCCACCCUGAUGAUGGACCUGACCUCUAUGCCGCAAUGAUUUUAAUAUAGAUAUAGUAUUCAUUCA